AUGGCUCCUCUCAUCUUAACAUGGUAUUCAGAGCGUAGUCCUAGGCGUUUCAUACUUAUCCCCGCGCGCGCUAAGCACCGUCCAGCAGCGUGCGCGCCUGCCCUUCCUUGCGGCGCGCUCUGCCCUUCUUCAAUCCGCCCCUUCCCUCACCCUCCUCCUCCUUCCCUCUCUCUUUUGUGCUCCCCCCCACUACCUCACCUCUUCCUCCUAUUUUCUCUCCCCAUUUGCUGCGGCUCGCAGCUCCUUGUGGCGCGCCCUGCCCUUCCCACAAUCCGCCCCUUCACCCUCCUCCUCCUCUCCUCUCUCCCACUAGUUCCCUCUCCACUAUCUCACCCCUCCUCCACCUCUUUCCUCUCUUCAUCUGCUGCAGCUGGUAGCUGUUUCCUCCUCCUCAUGGCGACCUCUCUCGCCCUCCCCUCCCUCCCUCUGCUGGUCCUUCAGCUUGCGCCCGAUGGCAGUGCAGUCAACUUCCCCAGUUGGCUGAACUGUCUUGAGCGCACGCUGUCUGGCACCCUAGUGAGUGGCUUUAACCUUUGGUUUGUCACUCAGCAGAGUGGUUCUGGCGCCAUUCCUACCUCUCCCUCUGCACCCACCUCUUCCUCCUCUGACCCCUAUGCUGAUGGCCUCCGUGCUGCCAUUGCUGAAACUGAGCGGCUUGUGGCCACGGCGCAAGCCACCGCCACGGCUACUCCUGCCAAUGCUGCUGCCCGUGACUUAGCUCGUAUUCUUGCUGAGUCCCUCGAGAGCACCCGCAAGCGCCUCACUGAGCACCUCGCUGCCCCUUCUCCUCGCUCUGCCUCUACGCCCCUUUCCUCUGCUCCAUCUCACUCUGACCUUCUCGCUGACUGGCAUGUUGCCAACGCACGUGCCUGUCAGGUCAUCCUUGCUUGCCUCCCUCCAACUCUUCUCCCUCAGUGCUCGCACAUCCGCUAUGCCAAGGACCUUCUCGGCUAUCUCACCGAGCGCUUUCAGUCACAGACUCCCAUCAGCGUCAUUGCCCUCUUACGCGAGCUCACCUCUCUUCGUCUUGCUGACUUUACCACCAUGGCAGACUACAUCGCUCGUGUGCAGACGCUGUCCUCCCAACUUGCCGCUCAACAGUUUGAACUUUCCGAUCAUGUCUGCGGUGCCCUCCUCCUCACAGGCCUCACUCCUGAAUACAGUGUUCAUGUCACCUUGUAUGGUGAGCGCCCCGCCGACCAGUGGUCGUUCUCCCGUGUCUCUGCCUUCCUCCUCCAGGCUGAGCUCAACCUCCGCAGCUGCCCUCCUACUGCCGCUGCUGUCACACCCUCUUCUGCCCCUCCUCCUCUCUCCACCACCACUGCCGCCGCUGCUUCCUCUCGCCCUCGCAACACCUUUCCUCCUUGCACCUACAUCAUUCGCCAGGGGCCCCGCAAGGGAUAG